AUGCCCGGAGCGAGAGCAGGAGCAGCGGGGAACGAGACGGAGGCGAAGAGCCUCGUGGAUGCGAAGGUGGGCCUUGCCAGCCUGAGGACCAUCGAGACGGAGGUGGAAAAGCAUGUUGAAGAACUCCUCGGUCUCUUCUCCGCAGAGGCUCAAGGCGGGAGGAAGUACCAAGCUGCGGCUCAAGGGGUGCAGGAAGAGGUGGAGGACAUAAGGUCGGAGCUGGUGAAGCUGCUGAGGACUCUCAACACCACAGACGCUGGCAUCCUAGGGGCGGAGCACGAGAUGCAGAAGAAGGAGCUCGAGCUGGUGCAGCUGCACGCGAUCGAGGAGGUGGAGGGGGCGAAGGACAAGCUCACGGACGGGAAAGUCAAGGUGGACUACGCUACUGGCAAGAUCCGAUGGGACGAGGAGGACCUCACCGGCGACACGAAGGGGGACAAGAUCGGCACCGGGGGCGACGCGGAUGGGACGGGGGGCCACGCGACAUCCAAGUCGAAGAGCAGGGAGGAAAUGCAGAAGUCCAGCGAGUGGAGAAAAGAGGUCGAGAUGAUGAAGGAAGAGUGGGACCCCGCGCUGCUGCACCUAGACGCCACCCUCCUGAGGGACUUCGUGGUCCUGUGCAUGAGCGCCGCCCUCGGAGGCGUCCUCGCCGCGGGGGUGGGUCUUCCCGAGACCCUCGGCUACAUCGUCGGGGGCAUGGUGGUGGGGCCCAGCGGGGUAAACGUGAUACGCAUGGUGAAAGAGGUGGAGACGUUCGCUCAGUUCGGCUCCAUCUUCCUCCUCUUCGGCCACGGCCUUACGUACUCGACCUUCAUGAACACCGGCCGGCCUAGCGCCAACGUCUACGCCCCCCAGGGGCGGAUGGGAGCGUUUACAGUGCUGUUCGUGGUGUUCUCUGCCCUCCUGGUGUGCGCAGCCGUGCUCGGAAUCGAAGACGGGGUGGAGAGCGUUUUCCUGUCUGCCGCCGCCACGCUGUCGUCCACGGCCAUGGUGACCGAGUUCGUCGCUCACAGCCGGCUGGGAGACACGGCCUUCGCCCGCAUGGUGGUCGACCUAGUCUCUGUACAAGACCUCGUCAUGUGUCCGCUGCUGGCGAUCCCGACGGCCAUCAUGUACGCCGUGGAGGAGUCUCAGGGUACCACAGGGUCGUUCGUGCCUCGCAUCACCGGGUGCGCGAUACUGCUGCUGGCCUUCGUCAUCGCCUCGAGGAGGGUGCUGCCGAUGGCCAUGGCCCGGCUGGUGCUCAAGGACAAGAAGGAGCAAUCGUCCGGUCUAUUCACCCUGGGGGUGGUGAGCUACUGCCUCGGUGUCGCUCUUGUCUGCGAGCGCCUCAACCUGAGUCACGAGGCCGGAGCCCUCUUUGCCGGGCUGCUGAUGGUCGACUCCCCCUUCGCCCAGAAGGCCCACGCGAGAAUGCAGCCGCUGACGAGCCUCUUCGGAGGCAUGUACCUCGGCUCUCUCGGCAUGAUCGUCAACCCGGCCUUCAUGGUGUGGAACUUCGGAGAUGUGCUGGGGUGCGUGGUGAUGCUGGUGUUGAUAAAGCUCCUGAUCGUGGCGAUGGUCAUGAAGUCCUUCGGCUUCUCGUGGGAGGCCUCUACGCUAGCGGGCGCGUGCAUGGCUCAGGUCUCCGAGAUCUCGCUCUUCUUCGUGGCGAGGGCCCAGCACCUCAAGCUCAUCCGCCGGCAUCACUACCUCAUGACCGUGGCGACGACGAUCAUCCUCAUGGUGGCGUCCCCGCUCGUCAUCAAGGGCCUCCAGGCCGUCCACGGAGGCGCUGCCUGCGGGGAGGGCGGUGCCACCUGCAGCAGCCCCCGCAACGGGACCGGCAGCGGCGGCGGCGGCGGCGGCGGCGGCGGCGGUGGCGGCGGCGGCGGCGGUCGUGGGGUUGGGCAAAGCGGCGGUGCGGGAGACUCGAUCCUACCGUUCAUCGGCGGACGCGGGAGGGGUCGGAGCGGUGGGGAUGGGGAGACGCCGACGUGGAAGGAGAGGUGCAAGGGAAGCUGAGAGUGUUCCGUCGAAAGGGAGGCCGUGCGCUGGAUGGAGUUUUUGUGUUCGCUUGGUUUUGCUUGUCAAUACGGAGCUGGUGCGGUCGCGAGGCUGAGAGGAGGCAGGCGCGGGACCUAUGUAGUGAUAUGCCAGAGGGGCGGUGGGAACAUGUCUCUGUUUGUUGGCGUGUGCGCUUCGGAGAAAUUGGCUUCCCUUUAUGGUCUCUGAGAUCGCGAGUUGGUGUUUUGUGUCGCUUGUUGUGCCGACGAGCUGUGCCGACGAGCAUCGCCUCUGGUUUUCAGGAGCGACGGUAAGACAGGGUAAGUCUACCAGCCGUGUUGUUGUUGUACUCUUGACCUUUUUCGGCAAGGUUCGGCGAGGUGUGGCUAUAGGCGAGGGGAUACUCGGUGUCAUCGCGGCAGUCGAUCGGUUCACAGGCGCGGGCUUUGUGUCCACGCGUGCGGUGGAAUGUCGUUACCUCUGCCGCUCCGAGAGUUUUUUUCCCCCAUAGAACAAUGUAACCUGCCGGUAGAGUUUUUUUUUCUCUCCCAUUGCUCCUUCGCGGUUGGCUUUUGGCUGGCUUCCUGAACCCAUCCCCAACGGCGUUGCUUCAUAAGACGCAGAUCCAGGGCCCUUUUACGACGUAGAUCCGAGCUUGUUUGUGUACGUGCCAGAUGGACAAAUGCCCACCGCUGCGGUAGAAGCCGUGGCAGUGGGGAGUAUCUAGAAGUGUCCAGAUCUGGUGAUCAUUGUGUCCUGUUAGUGUCCUGAGCGAAAGAGUUGCUGUCUCAGCCUGUGCUUUCGAUUGUGCCCAGCUUGCUCGGUGAGCAAGCCGAGACAGAAGCGGUCCUUCGACUGUUUUACUGCUGCAGGUGGGGAGCUGUCGUUGAUUAUUUGUACAGCAGUUGAACCACACACUUAUUUUUUUUUAUCGUUCCUCGUAUUAGGUAGCUGUCAGAAUAGAUAGUUGCGCCGUUGUGGGAUCUCUCCGCCUUAUCAAGGCGCGAGAUCUCGAUGGAACGUUGUUGAGAUACUCGUAAAAGGCCCGCCUUGUCCAGUAAGAAGAGGCUGGGGUGCCUCUUCACAUCCUCUCUGCGUGUGUCUAGUGUUCCCUGAUGAUGAUGUCGCGGGGACAAAUAAACCUUCACGAGAGAAAAGUCGGUCGUCGAUGGCACUGGGCGGGGCUUGCGCUUGUUCCGGCACUUUCUGUUUCGGUGAUGUCAUUAUCGUUUCUUCU